CGGGUGCAUAAAAAGAGAUGAAGGUCGGAUUAUCAUUCAGCAACAGAAAUUCCUUCGUGUCACCAAACAUACACCAAACCCAGCCUACGGACCGACCAAGGAGCGGGGAGAGCGUGCACGACCAUGGAAGCCGAGGCCUUCCCGAUACGGUUCACCAAGGGCAUACGGUCCUACUGGCGCCGGAGCAAGUACCAGCGCGUGGACGGCGGCACGGCGGGCCGGGGCACGCGCCACCUGGUGCGGCUCGGGGACGGCGGCAGCGGCAGCGGCGACGGCAAGGCGUGGGGCGUGCGGCUCGGCGGCAUGUUCCGGGUGCGCGUCAAGGCGCCGGCCUCGGCCGUGGCCGCGGCGAAGGCCCCGAAGCGCGUGCUCGGCCGGAUAAGGGACGCGUACGUGGACGCCAUGCUCGGCGCGGCGAAGAAGCACUCGGCGGCGACGCACACGCUGCCGGGCGGGCCGGCCCCGGAGGCGCUGUGGCAGAAGCGGGUGCCCGUGCGCCGGUCGCGCAGCCAGGCGCAGGUGCGGCAGAAGGCGGACGAGCUGGGCCAGAGGCUCGUCCUCGAGAUGUACAAGUCCGUGCGCGCGUCCAGGGACCUCGCGGGCAUGCUCGAAGCAUCAAGGUCGCGAUAGCAUGGAUGCGCCGGCGACUUGGAGGGAGGCGAAUGAUGUGUUAGUGUUACAUGCUUGUAUAUGUAAGAUUAGUUGGUGAUGUGUAAUCUGUUCAUAACCACGGGGCUUUGCUCUGCUGUAAAUUCUCCAUAAUUCCAUGACUGUUUGCUUGUGAGGUAUGACGCUUAGGAAAGUGAACCUUUUUCGUCUACGCUGUGCUGAUUGCUGGGUCAGCUGAUCAGGCAAUUACAGUGUGCAGUAAAAGAUGCACCAGGGAAGAAAAG